AUGUCAAAUCUUAUUCAAUGCAACUUUUUAGUUCAGUUUUCGAAUCCUCAGAAGCUGGUGUUGAAAUGCGAUGGAAUUGUACUCCCCCCUCGGGGCGGAGGCUUCCGAGUCCGCAAGGGGUCAAGCCCCUUCUCGCUUUUCAAAGCAGCCCGGGAGCAAGCGCAAACGCACCGCUGGAGACGCGAAUGCGGGAUCUCUCGCUCACUCGCUCUUGGCCGGGAGGGAGGGAGAGCGAGCCAGGAGCGAGCCAAUGCCGCCGCUUCCCUCCACGCACUUUUGCAGCCGCCUGCGGGCCUCCCUGCCCCGUCUUACAGCGCCGCCGUUUUCUUCACUUCAGCCCUGGCCCAGUGGGAGGACGGACAGGAGCUGCCGCCGCCGCGGGAAGGUCUCCAUCUCUUGGCUCGGACGCUCGGGGGACUUCAGCGCAGCAGCCCUUUCCCUGGGCGGCUCGCCGGCCCAGAUCUGCUUCUUGGGACUGGCCUCGAAGGGAAAAGCCACCACGCCUCUCCUCUCCUCAGCCGCCCGCCCUCUCCAGAGCUGGGCAUCUUUCGCCCGGCGUCCCUCCUCCCGCGCCACGCUCCUUCUUCCUUGCCGGGUGUUUCCAACUUCGCGCGCAGCGGCCCUCUGCCCAUGGCCGACGGGCUGCCCGGCGCCGCCGCUCUGCGCCUCCUUGCAGUGACCGGCUACUGCUUUCUGGCCGUGGCCCAGGAGGACAUGGAUUAUACCAUUACAAUGGAGGAUCAGAUUUAUCUUCUCCUGGAGGCUAAAGUUCAGUGUGAGCUAAACAUUACAUCUCAGCUACAAGAAGGAGGCGAUUGCUUUCCAGAAUGGGAUGGUCUAAUUUGCUGGCCCCGGGGGUCAGCAGGGAAAACGUUAGCUGUGCCAUGCCCUUCUUAUAUAUAUGACUUCAAUCACAAAGGCAUGGCAUUCAGGAAUUGCAGCUUAAAUGGAACAUGGAUCUAUGUGCAAAGUUUGAAUCGAACAUGGUCAAAUUAUUCUGAGUGCCUUCGCUUCCUGCAAGCAGAAAUCAGCCCAGGCAAGAGGGAAUUCUUUGAACGCCUCUAUAUUAUGUACACAGUUGGAUACUCCGUCUCCUUCAGCUCGCUAGCAGUGGCUAUUUUCAUCAUUGGCUACUUCAGGAGGCUCCAUUGCACCCGGAACUACAUACAUCUGCAUUUGUUUGUAUCUUUUAUGCUCAGAGCUACCAUAAUCUUUAUCAAAGACAAGGUAGUUCAUACUCAUAUUGGAGUCAAAGAGCUGGACUCGCUGCUCAUGGGUGACCUACGAAAUACUAUAGUGGCUCCAGGCAUGGGCAAGUCUCAGUACGUAUGGUGCAAGAUUACCGUGGUGAUGUUUGUUUACUUCUUGACAACCAACUACUACUGGAUCUUGGUUGAAGGCCUCUACCUGCACAGCUUAAUAUUUGUGGCUUUCUUUUCGGAUACCAAGCACCUGUGGGGUUUUAUCUUAACAGGCUGGGGGUUUCCAGCAGUAUUUGUAGUGGCCUGGGCAGUGGUCCGAACAACAGUGGCAGAUGCAAGAUGCUGGGAGCUCAGUGCUGGAGACAUAAAGUGGAUUUACCAAGCUCCAAUUCUAGUAGCUAUUGGGUUAAACUUCGUUCUGUUCCUGAAUACUGUAAGGGUUCUAGCCACAAAAAUCUGGGAGACAAAUGCUGUUGGCUAUGACAUAAAGAAGCAAUACAGGAAACUAGCCAAAUCCACCUUGAUUCUGAUCCUUGUCUUUGGCGUGCAUUACAUCAUCUUCGUAUGUCUGCCUCACACAUUCGCUGGGCUGGGCUGGGAGAUCCAGAUGCACUGUGAACUCUUCUUCAACUCAUUCCAGGGGUUCUUUGUCUCCAUUAUCUAUUGCUACUGCAACGGAGAGGUGCAGACGGAGAUCAAGAAGACAUGGGCCAGAUGGAACCUGGCUAUGGACUGGAAGAAGGCAGCUCCUUGUGGGAGCUACCGCUAUGGCUCUGUCCUCACUCACAUAACCCACAGCACUAGCAGCCAGUCCCAGAUGGUGGCCAGUUCCCGCGUGGUCCUGAUUUCCAGCAGGGCCUGCAGAAGUGUCACCCGGCAGAAUGACACUCACGUGAAUUUGCCCGGGUAUGUGAGGAGCAACUCGGAACAGGACUGUGUGCAACAUUGGAUUCAUGAGGCGGCAGAUGAAGAGAAGAAGGUGGAUGCCAUUUCUCUCAGGAAGCCCGAUACGCUUCAGGACGAUCCAACUGGUUCCCUUGAAGAAAAGGAGGAGGAGGAGAUCAGGAUGGAAGGAGAGGCAGCACUUUAG